CAGACGCUAGCGCGGCAACUGAGCGCUGAUGAUCUGCCAUUGCGCGCCUGCACGGAUCCCGCAGCUUUCGCCGCGCGCUGUCAUAGCUCCGUCCCCGCGUGCUACGGCCACACCAGCAGCUGCCCCAGCCGCGGGCGCCAUGCAUCGGGCGCGCCCUGCGCUUUGGGCCGCCGCACUCAUCACGCUGGCACUGCUCCGCGGGCCGCCCGGGGCGCGAGCCGGUGUGAGCGCGGUGGGCGCGGGCCCAGUCGUGCGCUGCGAGCCGUGCGACGCGCGUGCGCUGGCGCAGUGCGCGCCUCCGCCCACCGCGCCCGCUUGCGCCGAGCUGGUGCGCGAGCCGGGCUGCGGCUGCUGCCUGACGUGCGCCCUGCGCGAGGGCCAAGCGUGCGGCGUCUACACAGAGCGCUGCGGCUCCGGCCUCCGCUGUCAGCCGCAGCCCGAUGAGCCGCGCCCCCUGCACGCGCUCCUACACGGCCGCGGGUUCUGCGCCAACGCCAGCGCCGCUGGCCGCCUGCACUCCUUCCUGCUGCCGGCGUCCUCCGCUCCAGGAAAUGCCAGCGAGUCGGAGGAGGACCAGAGUACUAGCAGCGUGGAGACCCAGGCGGUCCCUGGCACCCACCGGGUGACCGACUCCAAGUCCCACACCCUCCACACCAAGAUGGACGUCAUCAAGAAAGGCCAUGCUAAGGACAGCCAGCGCUACAAGGUGGACUAUGAGUCCCAGAGCACGGACACCCAGAACUUCUCCUCCGAGUCCAAGCGGGAGACAGAAUACGGCCCCUGCCGGAGAGAGAUGGAGGACACACUCAACCACCUGAAGUUCCUCAACGUGCUGAGCCCCAGGGGUGUCCAUAUCCCAAACUGUGACAAGAAGGGGUUCUACAAGAAGAAGCAGUGCCGCCCCUCUAAAGGCAGAAAGCGGGGCUUCUGCUGGUGCGUGGACAAGUACGGGCAGCCCCUCCCGGGCUACGACGCCAAGGGCAAGGAGGACGUGCACUGCCUGAGCAUGCACAGCCAGUAGACCCGCUGACCACUCAAUGUGGAGCUCAAAUACGCCUUAUUUUGCACAAAAGACUGCCAAAGGUCAGCAGCUGGCUACAGCCUCGACUUAUAUUUCUUUCUGUGGUGAACUGAUUUUACAGAAACAAAACCAAACCAAAGUUUAGACAGAUUUUCGAAAUGCCUAUGGUUCCUUUAAGUGGUAAACGUGAGCAUCUUUCCAGUAAUUAGCAAAGAGCAGUUUGAAGUUUCUAGUUGCUGCCUGUAAAAGUUCACUUGCACAGAAGGCCACAGCCUCCGGUCCCCUCCCGGAACCACACCCCAGGUCAGCUGAGAAGGUGACCGACCCUCACUCCCUCCCUCUGUCAAAAGAGCACAGGCCUAGGAGAGUAGGAACCUUCAACUCCAGUCACCUGGAUAUCCUGAAGCCCCUCCCAAGGCCACAGCCCAUGUGGGGACAUCUUCGAAUCCUGAGUCUCGACCACGAAGUUUGUCCGUCAUCUGCAAGGGACCUGAUCUGCUUUGGAGCCCUGUCUCACAGACAGAAUGACCUGGAAGUUUCCAGGGGGUACCAGGACGCUGUGCACCUGGUGUGUGUGUGUGUAUGUGUGUCCUCCUCCACCAGGUGGCAACUGCUUGAGGACAGGGCCCUUUAGAAGGCUGGGUGGCGGGGAGGCUUUCAUCUUGGUCCCACAGGGUGGCAGAGGUAGGGGUAAAAACUGGCAGCCUCCUCCUCCUUGUCCCGAGGCCCUUGUGAGUGAUGCUCGAUUCUCUAGAUGACUGCAGAAAAUAGUGUUUGCUACUUCAACUCCUCAAAACCAAGUGUAUUUUUGAGGUUAAGCUCUUUAAAAGCAAAAGGUUUAUUUUCAUCUCUCCUGUCUCCUGCUCGGGCGCAAUGUGUUUUUUAAAAAACAAAGUCUAAACAGGAAAGAUGCCCGGCUUGCUGGGAGCCUUUCGAGGACGCUGGACUCUUCCUGAGAGCUCUCUGACCUGUGUUGGUUGAACUUGGAACCCUUACACUCUCCCCCACUCACGCAUAUAUACGGAGAAGUUAACAGUAUAUACGGCAUAGCCCAAAUAUAAUAGGAUCUGUACUAGAUAAUCCUAGAGGAAAUGGUAGAGAUACUAGAUGAUGUAGCUAACCACGGCUGUGACCAAGGAAAAGAGCUCGUGCCUGCGGCCACCUGCUGUCCCCAAGGCUGGGCCCUGAGCCUGUCUGACGAAGCCCGCGGCCCCGGGGGUGGACCCGCUGCGUGGAGCUCCCUUGAUAAUUCCAAGGGCUCUGGGGAUGUUCUGCCUACCUAUUAGCUUUCCUUUAUUUUUUUAAUUAAGUUUUUGAGAAAAAAAAAGUAUUUUUGGAAAGUUUGUCUUGCAAUGUAUUUAUAAAUAGUAAAUAAAGUUUUUACCGUGACAA